UCGUAGAUUCCAUUUCAUUCUAAUUAUUUUCGGUUCAGAUACGUUCUCAGGGUUGUGUCUAUUUGCAAAUAACUGUGACCCUUCAUAAAAUCAUCCACAGCAAAAUAAAAGAAAAACCAAAAAAAAAAAAAGUCUCGAGGAAGAAGAAGAUGAUGAAGCAGGGGUUUCUUUCAUGGAGAAAUUGCAGUUACCCCACGCCCUUAUCGUUCCCUUUCUCCACCACUCCCAAUCUCCAUUUUCCCAAAUCCAAACUCCCCCGAAUCACUGCGACGGCGCAAAAUUCAGUGGAAGAGGCGCCGGCGCCGAUGUCGGGCCGAGAGCGACGGCAGAUGCGGAACGAGAGGAGGGAGAGCAAGGCCGGCUAUAAUUGGAGGGAAGACGUGGAGAUGAGGCUAAUUAAAAAGCCGAAGAAACGGUACUCGAAGUGGACGGAAGAGCUCAAUCUGGACUAUCUCGCUUUGCCCGGCCCCCAAUGGUGGGUGGUUAGGGUUUCCAGAGUUUCGGGCCAGGAGACCGCCGAACGGAUGGCCCGCGCCAUGGCCCGAACCUUCCCCGCCAUGGAUUUUAAGGUUUAUAUCCCGUCGAUUCAAAUCAGAAGAAAAUUGAAGAACGGCACCAUCUCUGUGAAGCCAAAGCCAUUGUUCCCUGGAUGUGUGUUUCUGCGGUGUGUGAUGAACAAGGAGUUGCAUGAUUUCAUACGAGAAUGCGACGGUGUCGGAGGAUUUGUUGGAUCCAAGGUCGGGAAUACAAAGCGGCAGAUCAAUAAACCUAGGCCAGUGGACGAAGUAGACAUUGAAGCAAUAUUUAAGCAAGCAAAGGAGGAGCAGGAGAAAGCCGAUCAAGCUUUCAAAGAAGCAUUGCAGCAGGAAGAAGCUUUGGACUCAAUGAAAGCGAAAUUAGAGUCACCUGUGGUUUCGAAAAAAGGAAGUAGAAAAUCUGCAAAGCAUUCCUUGAAGCCUGGUUCAACCAUUCAAGUUGCAUCCGGGGCAUUUGCCGGAAUUUCAGGCACACUUAAAAAGCUUGAUAAGAAAACCGGGCUGGCAACUGUAGAAUUUACGCUGUUUGGGAAGGAAACCUUAGCUGAUAUCGAUGCAAAGGAAAUUAUCGCUGAGGCAAAUUGACAUGCAAGUAAAAAGGAUGUUCUUUGUUGAUAUAUAGCUUUACGGCACAUAGAGAGUUGUCUCAUUUGAUGGUGAGAUUCUACUGAUUUUUCAUUCGGCUAGAAACUGGCAUAUAGUCUUUUGUGGAAAGAUUUUAGAACAGAUCCUACAUAACUUCUGUUGCUCAGAAUCGAUUACAGGCUACAUGUAAAUUAGUGUUCCGGUGAUCCUUUCUAGCUGCCAACCAUUAAUUUCCAUGGAAAAACAUGUCUUGAUCCCAUCAGUGUGGUUCUGUUCUUGUUGUUCUAACGAACCAUUAGGAUGAAGGCACAAUGACUGCAUCAUGUGUUGUAUUUUAUACAUGUAGUGAAAUAGCAGAUCGAUCUGUAUUGAACCUUAAAUUUAUAUACAACAGAAAUAAUAUCAGAUCUUUGCUCUAGAUCA